AUGUCGACCCGCCCUGCCAACUCCUACGCCCACACCACUCUCGAGGCUCUCCUCAAGACUGACGAGAAGAUCGCCCACCUCAAGGACGGUGCCUACUCCAAGGCCGCCUCGCCUGAGCGCUUCGAGUCUGCCCGCGCUGCCCUCGAGUCCAAGGGCUUCAAGGUCACCGUUGCCCAGAACCGUGAUGAGGCCUUUGAGACCCUCAAGACCCUCAUCCCCGAUGGUGCUUCCUUGAACGUUGCCCACAGCACCACUCUUGAGGAGAUUGGAUUCAUCGACUACAUCAUCGGAGAGACCCCCUACAACAACGUUCGUUCGACCAUUCUCGCCGAGAAGGAUCUCGCAAAGCAGGCCGAGCUCCGCCGCACCAUCGGCACCACCGUCGACUACUUCCUCACCUCCAUGGCCGCCGUCACCGAGACCGGUGCUAUGGCCCACGGUGACUUGAGCGGUUCCAAGGUUGGAGGUGUUGCCUAUGGUGCCAAGAACGUUAUCGUUGUUGUUGGCUCCAACAAGAUUGUCAAGGAUGUCAACGAGGCUUACCAGCGUACCGUCGAGUGGUGCAUUCCCGCCGCUGGUGCCUUCUCGAGAGAGGUCUUCAAGGCCCCCGGCACCUCCAUGAGCCAUUACGAGUUGUUGCUUCAGCAGAACCCUUUCGCUCCUGGACGUAUCCAGGUUCUUUUGGUCAACGAGGCUCUUGGAUUCUAA